AUGGAAGGAAUCGAAGAUCAAUGGCAGAGCCUGACGACAAAAGAGCCUCGCCUUUGGUGGUACGACGGCACUUUGUUCCGGCUAGCUUCUGCUCAGAGGUGGAAGGAUAUUGACGGAUCGCAAGAAGUGAAACUCGAAUGUGGAGUAACUCGCUAUCGAAGCUUCUUGGGCACCAACAUGUCACCUAACUGGGCAAAAAUUCCGGAAGUGCACAUGUCGGAUCCUUUGAGUUGUUUUGUGUUGGUACAUUCCUCCGACGACCAGGUCAUGUUUGUACAGCGCAAGGAUCCAAUUCUUGGUUCCAGGCAAAAACCUUGCUGCCAUGGCAUUGUCUUGUUUGCGACUGCUGCUCUGCCUCUUGUUCACUUUGCCAUGUCCAAGAAGCACUUCUUGUGCAUCUUGUCUCUCUACUCCAUCUUUGCUGAAAUGAAUUCUAACUCAGGAAGUGAAAAGUGGAAACCGUCGAUGAGAAAUGGAGUUGAAAGCCCACGACCGUAUUCGAAAGUGAUCACCGAACUCUUUUCUUGCCCCUUAAGAGAGGCGAAUGGGGAUCUUGGACUCAAGUCAAACGACUUCUUUGAGCUUCCCCUGAUGCUGGGCAUAGCCAAAAGCUCAAGAAAUCGCACGAUCGCUGCUGUUUUCUAUCUAGCGACGCAUUUAACAGCUGAAGAGAUCAAAGAGAAACACAGUCAGUCAGCACUGCCUCACUCCUGCAGGUGCAUCUCCAUCUCCGACAAGGAUGCGCUGCCAACCCUCGACCUGGACUUGCAGCCUUGUUGCAGAGCUGCUCUGUAUCUGUUUGCUCAAUAUUUGAGGACCCAUCGAGGAGCUCACGUGCGAAAUGGGGGGGGCAUAACGGAUCUGAAGCAAGACGGAGAGGAGAUGACAAGCUUUCCGAGCAAAGGAACAUACCUCCGCGAAGCCGAAGGAAGAGGGCGAAGCAUGCAGAAGAAUCAAUUUGCUGUUUUUAGCAACAAGAGUGAAGACCCGGGAGAAGCAGUAGUCGAGGAGGGCAGCCUGAGUGUCGCAGAUGUCAGAUCUCUUUCUCCGAGACAUCUCGAUGCAGUGAAGUACAGCAACUUGCAGUACAAAUACGGGUUUCAAGACGAUUCCGAGAUAGAAAAAGUUUUUCAAGAGAAGAAGGGAAAAUGGCAACGAAGCCCUUACGACGAUGACGAUGACGAUGACGAUUAUGCUUUCCUGCCUCGGCAAUCAUCGAUGAUGGCUCAAGAGUUCAAAGGUAAUUUCAAUCGUUCUGAGCUCGUGGAGGCCCUCUACUGGUGGUUGUCUGUCUAUCAGGAUCCUGUCGUGAUCGAACGAGCUCUAGUCCAGCUGAAGCUUCAUUCGCUCGUCAGCCAAGGAGAGCAGCUCUCCACUGAGCAGAUGGUAGCUGUGUUAGAGCGACAGAGAGAGCGCCAGUUGCUCACCGAGAUGCGCCUGAAACGAAGAUUGAAAAACAAACAGAAAGAACUCGAGCGUAAGGAACAGCAAAAAAUCGACAAGAAGGAGAGAGAUCGCCGCCGUCGACAGUAA